AUGGCUAACAAAACUCUGGAUUCGCUGUGCCAGGACCCAGAUUAUGUCUUUAGCUCCAUGGAUAAUCUCUAUGCAUGUGCAGAAGCCAGCGAAUCGCUCACUGGAAAUCUAACUGACACGGUUUAUCAAUGUCUUCUCGAAUACUGCGAAAAAUCCGAUCCAGACUUGUUGGGAUGCCCAGCCCAAGUAGUCACAGACUCAUUUGAAUUUGGCGUCGGCUUGGACCCAUACCCAUACUUCGCUGACAACAACGGCUAUUGCGAUAAUAUCAACAAGCAGGCAAAUACAGACAUUGGAGGCCCCGGGGUAUACGCAUCAUACUUUAUCCAGAUUGGUCUCGUCCUUUCGAUCUGGCUGUUUUUGCGCUUCUUCAGAAUUUUACCCAAGGUUCUCCGUCAAUUAUCAUGGGUGGGCCGGAAAGCAAACAAGACCCAGCUCAGCGAUAUCACUGCUGGGCAUAGCGCAAAGAUUGCCAACUUCUUCGACAAGCAAAACUUCGUUAUGAAAUCUAUACUUGUCGAGCUACAAGAGACACAAUGCUUUUUCAUGAUUGCGUGCCAGAGUGUUGUGCUGUUGUCUAAAAAUCACAACGGGAUCUUUUCGGCUACCAAUAUGGUGAUUGUAUGGGUCGAUCAUAUGAUUGCAGGACUGUGCGCUGCCGCCGGCAUCCUGCCAGUGGUUUUAGGUCUCUGGACGCUCCAAAGAUCAAAUAUGUGUUCGGGGUGGGUUUUCUUUCUCUCAACUGCCACUAUGAUUACCGCCGAGUGUGCACUGUAUUCGGUUUUCCGGGAGCCCAAAGUGAGCGACAUGACCAGCCUGCGUGGCACAUUUCCCACAUCAUGCGGCCAACACCCACCCCACUACGAUACUGCACUCUCGAUCAAAUUGAAAAUACCAUAA